AUGGCCCUAUCAAGUUGUUAUGUUGUUGCGUACUACAAAGGGGAUGGUGUUCCGUUGAAAGUUUCUUUAGAUACUAUGAUUCGUGACUUUAAAAUAUCUGUUUAUGAUUAUUGGAGAAACUUGACUCCUCGGAGCAUAAGAUUUAUUAGUCGUUGUGAUAAAACUCUCAUUAAUUGUGAUUAUUCUCUUCAAGGUCUAAUUGAUGUUACUUGUUCAAGGGAAUUGUCAAGUUUUGAUCUGUUUUCGCUCAGUGACGAUGAAUCAUGCACUGGGUUCACUGAGAUUUCAAAGAUUAAAUACCUGACGGAAGGUCAUGAGCAAUUGAAACCUCUUUUAUCCGAAGGUUGGGAGGAUAUUUUUAAAGGUGUUGGUUUUCAUGGUGGUGUUGAUGAGGUUCGCUUAGCUGUCAACAAAUACUGCAGCAAGUCUGGCUAUACAGUUGCAAAGGUUAAGAAUGACAGACUCAGGUUCACAGGCAAGUGUGAUAGGAAUGCAGAAUGUCCUUGGUAUAUGCACUGUAUUCCAAUCAAUACCGCUAAAAGUAUUUUUGCUAUCAAGGAAUUCAAUGGGGAGCAUAAAUGUGGUGGUUCUUAUAAGCUGAAGAACUCACCUGUGAAGAAGAAAUUGAUUAAGCAUCUAUUCAAGGAUCAAAUACAGUCAAAUCCGUCGAUAAAGCCUAAUGAUAUGGUUGCUCAGGUGAAGAGUUGUUAUGGUAUUGACAUAAAAUACGAUCAUGCUUAUAAAGGGAAGGAAGCAUAUAAGGCAGAGAUAUAUGGCGAUGAUGUAAAAAGUUAUACAGAUCUUAUUUGGUAUGUUGAAGCAAUAAAGGCUACCAAUCCUGGCAGUUAUAUUAAGUUUGAGUAUGAUAAAGAGACUAAACGUUUUCAGGGGCUUUUCAUAUGUUUUGCUGCCUGUAUGGAAGGAUACCGGUUCAUUCGCCCUAUGCUUUACUGUGAUGCAACAUUUCUCAAUGGGAGAUUCAAGGGAACAUUGAUGGCUGCCACUGGUGUGAAUGGAAACCAAGUUCCUGGAGAAGACGUUGAAGGGUGGGAGUGGUUUAUGGAGAACUUGCAUCAUUGUGUCGACUCUCGUCCUAUCACCUUUAUCACUGAUUUUCAUGAAGGGCUGAAGCAAAGUAUUCCCAAGUAUUUUCCCAACUCUUAUCAUAGUUACUGUUUCCAUCAUUUGAAGAAUAACCUCCCUAUCAAGAAAUCACAGGAGAAGUAUAAACAAGUUCAAGAUUUGUUCCAUAAAGCUGCAUACUGCUAUAGUGUUGCUAAAUAUGAGUCUGCUUUAAAUGAGAUGUGUAUCAUAGGAUGUGGUUGGGUUGCCAGGGAUCUGCCUCUAGAUGCUCUUGUUGAUGAGAUCAGGAUAAAGAUUAUGACGAUGAGUGCAGAAAGGCGUGAGCUCGGUAGAAAUUAUAGUGAUAAUUUGACUCCCAUCUAUAAAGCUCUACUCAAGUCACAUGUCGAUAUAAGGCGUCCAUGGAGUGUUACGGAGUCAGGUAAUGGUAUAUAUGAGAUGGAAAGUGGUUUCCCCUGUGCUCAUGCCACUGCUUCUAUGACUAUGAGUGGUAUUGAGAUGUUGAGGCCAGAAGCGUAUGAACCUGAAGAGAGAGUCCUACCUGGUAUUCCAAGGCCACCUCCAGGAAGACCACCAAAGAAGCGUAUUCGUGGUGCUUAUGAGAAGGAUAGGAGGCCUAUGAAGUGCUCAAAUUGCAAGAAGAUUGGGAACCACAACAAAGCUACAUGUCGUGUACUAAUGCUGGAGUAG